UUCUGUUUUUCUCAUUUUCAAUCGCUUAUACUAAUCUCAUGUGGCACAGGUUAAAUUAAACUACUUUCUUUGGUCUAAUGAUUUCCGAGUGAAAAUCUUGACUCUAUCUUCUCAAGAGAACUGAACAUGUUUUUAUAUUCACAUCUUUUAUCCUAAUUUUUAGAGAAUUUUCUCUUUGAUUUAUAAUCGAUUUGAUAUCAAUUCUAUUAAUAAUACGAUCGCGUAAAUAAAGUUAUACCUAAUCAAGAAAACAUUCUUGAAUAAAAAAGAGAAAAAGAAAAACAAUGAUAAAAAAUUCAGAAAAAGAAACAAGAGGGAAAAAAGAUACGACUAGUUGUAGAAAAUGAGCUUACACCGUGCAGAUAUAAUAACGUAAAUUGAUCUGUCUUCGUAAUGUGCCGGUUCUAUCGGAUAUUAUACAAUACACAAUACACUUACAUAUAUGUAUAUAUAAUAUAUUUAUCCAACACACUAUAAUAGACCGGUUUUAACCAUUAACGCGUCGUUGGUCUUCUUCGGGAAACUAUAUAAAUAAUUACAGAUUGCAUAUAAAUGAUGAUAUGUUAUAGAGAACCGAUAAACAUUUGUAUAUAUUUCCUUGAUGUCGAUAACAGAUCGAUUGAAAUACCUAAACAAAAUUGAUAUUAUCUUAAAUAUUAAUAAACGGAUACUUUCCGCGUAAAGAAAGUACAUAUAAAUAUGUGUUUUUUGAUUAAGAAGACAAUCUUUGUUUUUGCAAUCAUUUUAGUCAAAAAUUAACACUAAACAUAGUGUUCCUUGAGAAUUUAAUUUGAAAUUUAAUAUAAACGAGUUUAUUAUAUCUCUAAUUAGAAAAAAAGAUGGAUAAAUUAAUGCUAAAUAAAUAUGCUUCAUGAUUGUACAAGGGCGAAUGUUUCAUUCUGAGAAUGUUAAUCUACAAUUAAGGGCGAAUGUUAAUCCACAAAUGAUUGUAGAAACUGGGCGAAGGAGAAACGAAAUCAUUCGAUGUCUGUGACAAGUUGUUUCUACGUUCUUCUUUCAUUCAAUGCAAAGAAGCAUCACGACGAUGAGUAUAAUCGUCAUCAUCGAACGACGCAUUAUUUUUUUUCUUAAUAACUCACCGCGCGGUUAUUGUUCUUUGUUUCAGAGUUACCAAGCAAGAGCACACGAAACCGCGAGCAUUGACGAUUACGAAGAGGUGGUUUGUAGAGAAGAACGAAAGAUGAGAUACAAGGUCAAUGACCCCGAAAAUAAUGGAAGCAGAACGCCCGAUGACAGUAACAAACAUUCAGAACUUCCAUGGCAAUGCAAUCAUGGAGACGAAAAAUCAAGCAAAAAGGAAACGAGGCUCGUAAUAGUAGUUAUUUUAUUAACGAUAACUGUAAUUACUCUUGUUAUUACCUUAACAUUGCAAAUGAUCGUAUUUUAUAAGGAAGAAUACAAAGAAAUGUGUCAGAGCGAAGAAUGCAUAAAAACAGCUGCUAGAGUAUUAGGAUCAAUGAACAAAUCCGUAGACCCUUGCGAUGAUUUCUAUAAAUUUGCAUGCGAUGGCUGGGUAGCUAAACAUCCGAUACCCCAAAGCCAAGUAUCCUGGGACCAAUUAAGUCUUCUUCGUGAAUAUCUUCUACAAGAUUUAAGAAUUUUGUUAGAAAUGCCUGACAAGGAUGACGAUUUAAGGCCUAUUAAAUUGGCUCGUGCUCUUUACAAAAAUUGCAUGGACACUGCGAGCAUUGAGACCUUGGGAUUAGAACCGAUAUUCCAUGUAAUGAAACAAAUAGGAUUACCAACCGGUCCACCAUUACAAAUUAAAAUAUCUCCUCUUGAUUUGUCCCAAAUAGCUGGUGCGACUCGUAGAAUCUUAGGUUUAAAUCUGUUGGUCAAUUUUUAUAUUAGCGAGGAUAUUCGAGAUACGACGAAGAAUCGAAUGAUGACGGAACAAGUAUCUCCAGCUUUUAGCGAACGAUAUCUCCUCGAUCCUCAACGUUUUCAAUCUGAAUUAGGAGAAUAUAAAAAAUAUAUCAAAGCCAUGUUGGAAUUAGCUGGAGCUGGAAAUAGAAGCACAAGUUUUGCUAAUGAAAUUUUAGAAUUUAGUACAAAAAUUGCCAAGAUCAUGGAUACACCAGAACAAAGACGUAGCGUGCAUCAUCUUUUUCAUGACGUUACAAUUGAUACAUUACAAGAGCUGACUGAUCUUCGUGUACAACAGUGGAACUGGACGAAAUAUCUGGAAAAUGUAUUUAAUAAUACAAACGUGACCAUAAACACAGGAGUUGAUAGAGUCAUAGUAAUGGAUCUACACUAUUUACAGAAAUUGCCCCAACUACUUGCGAUUACUCCACCCGCUACGAUAGCACGUUUUAUCUGGUGGAGCGUAUAUUCCGCCAUUUCUCCACUCACAUUACAAAAGUUUCGUGAUCUUGGAUUCCAAUUUUCUCAAAAAGUAUUUGGGCUUAAAGAAAAAACACCCAGAUGGAAAGGUUGUACAGGAAAUGUUAAUGCUAAUUUUGGAAUGGCUCUUAGUUACGUUUACGCUCAAGAACAUUUUAAUGAUCAGGAAAGAGAAAAAGCUUUAGAAAUGUUGAUGGAUAUUAGAACAGCAUUCGAUGCGAUGGUUAAAGAAUUAGAAUGGAUGGAUGCAGAAACCAGAUUACGUGCUCACAAAAAAUUAUACGCGAUGAGACCGUUUGUUGGUUUUCCUAAAUGGAUUACAAAUCCAGAAAAAUUAAAUAAAUUUUAUGAAGGUGCUGAAGUAAUGGAAGGAAAAUUGUUUGAAACUUUUCUACAAUUAACGGAUGUGGGUGUUAAAAAAAAUUUAAAUAGUUUACGAGAAAAACCUGACAAAGAUAGAUGGGUAUCCACUGGAACUACUGUUAAUGCAUUUUACAGUGCUAUUUUAAAUUCAGUCACAUUUCCAGCGGGCAUUUUGCAUCCACCUUUCUAUGGAAAUGGAAUAGAAUCGAUAAACUAUGGUGCAAUGGGUGCGAUUAUGGGUCAUGAACUUACUCAUGGGUUUGAUGAUCAAGGUCGUAGAUACGACGAAAACGGCAAUCUCAGGCAAUGGUGGAGCGACGAGACAUUGCAACAUUAUCAUAAGAAAGUCGAAUGUAUCAUCAAACAGUAUAGUAGUUAUCAUCUUCCUGAGCUGGGUAACAAUUUUACAAUAAAUGGCAUUACAACUCAGGGUGAAAAUAUUGCUGACAACGGUGGAAUAAGAGAAGCCUAUAGAGCAUAUCAAAAAUUAAAAGCACGCAAUUCGCAUCAGCAAGCUUUGCCUGGCCUUUCUGAAUAUACUCAUGACCAAUUGUUCUUCUUAGGAUUCGCACAAGUUUGGUGUGGAAAUUAUACAAAUGGAGCAUUAAAAUCUAAGCUAAUAGAAGGUGUACAUGCACCAAAUCAUUACAGAGUAAUCGGAACGUUGUCAAAUAAUAUUGAAUUUGCUAAAGCAUGGAAAUGUUCUACGAAUAGUCGUAUGAAUCCAAAACAUAAAUGUAUUUUGUGGUAAAUUGUUUAUUAUCUAACUCAAUUAGAAGAUAUAUUUAUAAGUUUGUAACAGUGUUGGAUGAGAGAGAAGCAUCGAAUUGUUGUAUUUAUUGUAGAAUUUAUUAUACUAGAUAUUUAUAUAGACUGAUAGGAGCUAGUGAAUAAUUUAUUAUUACUCUUAUAAAUAAUAAUCUGCAUAUCUGAUUUUACCAACUGU